UGCUCUUCUCGUCGACUCAGUCUCCGGUUGAGUGUUUUCGUGGUCGGUCGUCCAUCGUUCUACUGGUACAAUUACUGUGUUUGCUGCUGCUGGGUGCUGCGUCUAUGCGGCAUAUUGUACACACCUCAUCAUCCCCAAAACGGUUCCCUCCCGGUGGAGAGCACAGCUGAGGCGUUCAACUGCUGGAACAACGCUGGAUGAGUGAUUACUGAAUCGAUGCCGCGGUGUCAGUGAUAAGGAAACACCUGCCGACCUAGUCCAAGAGUCGUGCUUAGUGUAUAGCUGGUGCUAGUGAUUUUUGGGGUGUGAUUAGCCACUUUGUGUGUGUCAGCAAGGGAAAGCGGUUCAAGUGAGCAAUCUGCUUGGUGAAGAGAGCCAGCAAGAGAGUUAGUGUACAUAUAUUUAUAGCUGUUUAGUGGCUCACACGACCGGAAUACUCAAAGGCCCUCCGCGAAAGUGUGUUUAUCGUGCCGUGCCGAAAAAUGGAUGGCGAUAGUGCUCAAUCGUUCUGCGAGUUCAAACAACAAGUGUCCGCGGUGCCCCAGUACGGCCUGAAGCUCAAGUUCAACCAUGUCUACCCGGAAACGAGGAACCAGAACCUGAAGCCGUCGUUCCGGCAGAUCUGGCCCAUCAUCCCGAUGGCACUAAGGUACAUCCCGUACUACUGGAAGGUGUCACGCGAGGGCCGCCAGGUGCUGAUGGACUACUGGUACACGGAAAACGGGAAGCAGAUUUACGGGGCCCCGAUCGGCGGCAUCGGCGCCGGCACCAUCGGGCGGGGAUUCGCCGGCGAGUUUUGCCGCUUCCAGAUGCGGCCGGGCCUGUACGAGUACAACACGGUGCACGCGAACCAGUUCAUCGUCACCAUCAAAGACGAGAACAAUGUGACCAUUUUCCAGAGUCUGCUUUCUUCGUACAGUCGCCCCAAAACGCCGCUGGCCAGUUGGGAGAGCACCAUCAACUCGUCCAAGUGCAGCUACACGGCGCUGUACCCGCGGGCCUGGUCCGAGUACGACCUCAGCGAGCACGGCAUCAAGCUGGUUCAGCGGCAGAUCUCGCCGAUCAUACCCCACGAUUACAAGGAAAGCUCGCUGCCGGUGGCCGUCUUCGCGUGGACCGUCGAGAACGUGUGCGGCAAGGACCGGCACGUGACGAUUACGUUCACGUUCAAGAACGGAACCGGCAACAAGAAGCAGGACGCCGAGGGAAACGCGGAAACGGCGGCGUUUGCCCACGGGACGGCCAAGGGAGUCAGCAUUAAGCAGACGAUCGCGGACUUGCCGUGCACUUACUGCGUUAGCUGCAAGACUUCGUCGGAGAUCAACCUGACGCGGUGCGAGAAGUUUGAUCCGAGCGGAAACGGGGAGAAGCUGUGGAAUGAUUUGAAGGAGAAUGGCCACCUGACGGAGAAGUCCGGCGACGAGAGUUUGAAGACUAAGGACGUCGCCGUAGCGGUCAGCGCACAAAUUCUGGUUCCAUCCGAGUCCAGCUCGGAGCUGGAGUUCUCGCUGGUGUGGGACAUGCCAAAGAUUCACUUUACCAAAAAGAUGAAAGAGUACUACAAGUACUACACCAAAUAUUUCGGCAAGAACGGCGAUGCCGGUCCUGUGAUCUCGGACUAUGCGCUGCGCAACUACGGCAAGUGGGAGUCCCUGAUAGACGAGUGGCAGCGGCCCAUUCUGGACGAUAGUGACCUUCCCGACUGGUACAAGAGUGCCAUCUUCAACGAGCUGUACUUUAUCGCGGACGGUGGCAGCAUCUGGCUGGCCGUGGACGACACCACCCUUCCGUACGAUGAUCCCAGAUUGGCCUACGGUCGCUACGCGUACCUCGAAGGGCACGAGUAUCGGAUGUACAACACGUACGACGUUCAUUUCUAUGCGUCGCACGCGCUGGCCAGCCUGUGGCCGAAUCUACAAGUCAGCUUACAGUACGACUACAAGGAUGCUGUACAGCGAGAGAUAACCGAGGGACGAAAGCAUCUCUACGACGGGAAGGUCAUUCCGCGGAAGAUAAAAAGUUCCGUACCGCACGACCUGGGCGAUCCCGACGAGGAACCGUUCGAGCUGAUCAACGCGUACCCGAUCCACGACGUGUCCGAGUGGAAGGAUCUGAACACCAAGUUCAUCCUGCAGGUGUACCGCGACUACUACACGCUCAACCACUACGCCCAGCUGAACGCGGACAACGCGAGCAAGUUCAGCUCGAUUGAGUUCAUCGACAAGGAGAGCAUGUUCGAGAUGUACGUGCAGGACAACCGCAACAAAGUUUCGCCGGAGGAUAAGGCCCAGAACCGGAAGUCGGCGUCGAUGUACAUUAACGAGACGAAUGGGAAGGUCUAUCUGAUGGACGCGAUGACCUACUUGAAGAGCAUGUAUCCGGCCUGCAAGCAGGUGCUGGAGAAGACCCUCGAGUGGGAUAAGGAUAACGAUGGGCUGAUCGAGAACAGCAAGUCGCCGGACCAAACGUACGACACGUGGGUCAUGGACGGUCCGAGUUCGUACUGUGGUGGGUUGUGGUUGGCCAGUCUGCACUGCAUGUCGGUUAUGGCGAACUUGCUGGAUCAAUCCGAGGAUUGCAUUAAAUAUCGGGAGAUUUUGGAAAAGGGCAAAGCCUCGUUCGAGGAGAAGCUAUGGAACGGGUCGUACUACAAGUUUGACAGCCAGAGCACUUCCAAGAACUCGAUCAUGUCCGACCAGCUGUGUGGCCACUGGUAUCUACGCUGCUGCGGGUUCGAUUACGACAUCGUCCCGAAAGAAAACGUCCGAACGGCUCUGAAGACCAUCUACGACAACAAUGUGAUGCGGUUCUGCGGAGGCAACAUGGGCGCCGUCAACGGGUACAUCCCGAGCAGCCAGCCCAACAAGGACGGUCGGGCGGACAGCUCUACCCUGCAAGCCGAAGAGGUGUGGACCGGGGUAACGUACGCCCUGGCCUCGACCAUGAUUCACGAGGGCAUGUUUACGGAAGCGUUCCAGACGGCCGGAGGCCUGUAUCAAACGCUUUCGGAGAAGAUUGGCAUGAGCUUUGAAACGCCGGAAGCGCUGUACGCGGAACGGCACUACCGAGCCAUCGGCUACAUGAGACCGCUCAGUAUUUGGUCAAUGCAGACCGCUUGGGAACAAAAGAAACAAAAUAGGGACUAAGUAUUUGUGUUUGUGAUGUCGUGCGUGUGAAUGUUUACAUCUUUUUGUGCAAUAGUGUUGGAAUUCAAGCGAAAGGAGCUAGCUAAAGCCAUUUUAUGUUCUGAUAAUUAAGGGAAGUCAAUAUUUUAGCAACUUGAUAAAUUCUAGUAAAUGUUUAUUGUUCAAUGCUGUAUUUCAGGCUAAAAAUGUUUGCUCACAAAAAAGUGGAAAAUCACAAAAACUCAAACUUUUUCUGCAAACACACUCUCUCACUUAAACCAACUUUGUGAGAGAAUGAAGGAGCUUUUACACUACGGCAAACAAACAAACAAACUCGCACUUUUUCAUGUUUGACAGUUUGCCAAACUCACAAACAAGGCAAAAUGUAUGCAGGCUGACGUUUGCACAAACAAAUCCAGGCAAACAAACAAUGCAGGCAAACUGGCAAACUGUCAAAAAGUGCGAGUUUGUUUGUUUGCCGUAGUGUAAUAGCUCCUUGAGAACCUUCGUAGAAAAGUACGAUUGUACGAGUCUGCUGUAGAGAGUUUUUCUGAGCCACUCUCGAAAAAUGAAAGUUCUCGGACCUUAACUGAUUGCAAAUCAAAUCAAAACUUUGCACCAUUUUACAAUCUUAACGUAAAAAAAAACAAAACCACUCUUGAGCGAUUCACGAAAGUUGAAACGAGCUUCUACGCGCAGAAUGAGUUAUAUAAGCGCAACUUAUCUUUGCCAAAUGCUGUCAAUUCUGAUUGUUUAAAUAUAAACGCGGUGCUUAUAACUGAAAUAUGAAUGGAGGAACACAACAUAGUUGUGAUAGACGUUACAAAUUAUGUGAACAAAUAUUUAACAAGAUAUUUAUAAAAUAGGUGAGAAGCGUCGCUUCUCCAAUACGUGCUACAAUAUUUUCCCACAGAAAACAAAAGUUUAUCAUUUCAGGCAUGCUUGGAAAGCACAAUUUAGGCUAAUCAAUCACACAAAUCUAACAAUCUAAAAAAGAAAUCAAAUUUCCAAGCUCAAAUGCUGCAACAACAAAACAAAAUCAAAUUUAAACCUAAAAUGACAAA